AUUCGGUCACUUGUCUCCAACUGUAUAUUAGUACUAUGAUAAUAUACGAAUUAUACAAAUUAAUAGUGUUAUAAGAAAUUAUUUUGGCCAGGCGCUGUUUAUGGAGGGAAUGCUGCAAAGUGGCAUAUUUUACGACAAUCCGAGCACACCUAGGCCACUGGUGUCGCAUUUUCACAUGUCUUUCCCCAGUGCCGCUGGUUCACAGGGCAUUAACUCGAAUGACUGUGCAGUCUUCGUCAUCCUUUGGAUGACAUCUGCAAAGGAGGAGGAAGGAUACAAAGUGGAGGUGGACAAUGGAUCCAGACUGCAGAUUGCGAUUGAUUUGGUGUUGGCGCCGUAUAAUAAACACAAGCCAAUCGUAAUGCAGAAUGCUGAAGAUUUCAAUGCGCGCAAGAAAAGAUCAUCAUUGCGUAAAGGGGUGUAA